CACAUCGCAAAGUAAUGCCACUGUCUCCCUCUGUGAGAGGGACAGCCGGACUUGAUUGUUGCCCGUUUUUUGGCAAAAUAUGGGCAAACAGUUUGACAAACGAACAACAAUAAUUACAAUAUAAUGAUUAAAAUAUCUGCUUAUAGUCUGAUAUAAUGUUGGUUGUGCUGUUGUUAGAUUGUUGGUUGGAUAACUAAGGAGACGAUAAUUUGACUAAGAAAGUGCAGCUGGUCUGUUUGGAAUCGCUAUCCAUGGUCCUGAAGUUCACCCACUCAACUGUGAAGGAGAAAAAGUAAACUUAAACUCACAACACAUGUUUAGUGUUGGUGAUUUUAUUGAUUUUGCAGCCUAGACUUGUUGAUUAGAUCAUUGUUGAGAAUAAUGACAAAGCAGGGAAUCUCAAACAAAAUAAAUAUGCAUUUUCCCCAACUAAAUGUAUUUGUAUUGUCACUUUGAGGUUUUAACGAUUUAGCUUCUUGUGAAUAUUUGUCUUGAUGUUAGUUAUAGUUUUAUGAUGUGUCGAAGAGAGACAGAAACCUAAAGGUAUAAGAAAGUUAGGAUAAGGUAGCUAUAGCACAUACUUCCCCUGAUAAUAUAAUGCACAAGGCUUUGCUUCUGUUGUGAUAUCGAAAGAUGGGUUUUCUCAGCAAAGUAUACACCUUAUUUUAUCCACUUGGUGUCACUGUAACAUCAAUAAGGCCAUAAAAGGCUUAGUCCCUCCCCUAAAAAAAUCUUUUGUUCGGUUCGUCAGAGGAGAGGACACAUUUGAUUGAGCAUGCGAGUGGAACAACACCGUUAUUAGGAUUUUACGAUGCUAAGCGGGUCGGAUAUGUCAGUCUGAUUUGUUGCAGGAAAAGGAUCCUGUGAGUGUUUCAGUUCUUGGUUGACGAUGGGGAACGAAAGAAGAUCUCGAUCAAGCUGCCGAUGUUGCUUUGUCUUUCUUUUUUUCGUACUGCUGACCUUUGGAAAACAGGCUUUGGCUGAAUUGAGGUACUCGAUUCCAGAGGAGAUGAAAGAAGGAACCCUUGUUGGAAACGUUGCCAAAGAUCUAGGUCUGGACAAAUCCUCGUUGAUUGAUCGGCGGUUUCGUGUUGUGUCUGCAUCUGAGAAUACUUUUUUCGAGGUUAACCCGGACAAUGGAGCCUUACAUAUCAGUAGGAAGAUAGACAGAGAGGAGCUGUGCGAGGGAAGUGGUGCAUGUUUCAUGGAGCUGAAAAUCGUUGCUGAAAACCCGUUGGAAAUUCACUACGUAGUUGUUGAAAUUACUGAUGUAAAUGAUCACUCCCCCAGAUUUACUGAAGCAGAACAGAAAUUUGAAAUAGCAGAACAUGCAUCUGUAGGAUCGCGAUACGAACUUCAUGCGGCCCAUGACCCUGAUGCUGGAAUUAACUCAAUCCGCACAUACACAAUAACGUCGAAUGAUCACUUUGAAAUAGAAAUAAGUCAAAGCGAUGAGGACAAAAUGCCAUUUUUAGUGCUGAAGAAACCUUUAGACAGAGAACAAAAGAAAGAACACUUGCUAAUUGUAACAGCUGUUGAUGGGGGUAAACCUCAAAGAUCAGGAACUUUAAAUGUUUCUAUCAUUGUUCUAGAUAGUAAUGAUAACCGUCCAAUGUUUAGUCAGGAUACUUAUCAGAUAGAAAUAUAUGAAAAUACACCUGUUGGCACUAGUGUAACACGAGUACAGGCAGUUGAUCCAGAUGAAGGGGCGAAUGGGGAAAUAGAGUACAGACUCAGUAAAACAUUAGCACGAAAAGCUUACGAGAUCUUUGAAUUGGAUAGUUUAAGUGGACAACUACAUUUGAAAGGAGCUUUGGAUUUUGAGGAAACAGAGAUUUACAAAUUAGAUGUUCAGGCGUCUGACAAAGGCACCCCGCCGUUAACAAGCCGGUGUAGAGUUGUUGUGAAGAUUAAAGACGUCAAUGAUAAUCCACCACGAAUAGAAGUCACUUCCCUUUCGAACACUGUGACUGAAGAUUCAAAACCUGGAACAAUUGUUGCACUUAUAAGCGUGAUGGAUAAAGACUCCGGUAUCAAUGGUAAAAUCCUCACAACCAUUAACAAUGACGUGCCUUUUGAACUAAAACCUUCAUACAAGGAAAAUACUUACUCUGUUGUCACCAAGGGACUCUUAGAUCGAGAACAGGUGUCAUAUUUUGAAAUAACAAUAAAAGCCACUGAUUGUGGUGACCCUCCCUUAUCUUCUUUUAAAACUCUCAGUAUUCAGAUAUCAGAUGUAAAUGACAACAGUCCACAUUUUGAACAAAACCCUUUACAGUUUUAUCUGGUAGAAAAUAACAUUGCUGGAGCUUCAAUAUUCUCUGUGAGCGCAACAGACAAUGACAUAAAUGACAAUGCAGCUAUUUCAUAUCAAAUUGUGAGAGAGGGAAGUCAAAAUGGCGUCUUGUCUUAUCUCAAUAUAAAUUCUGAAAACGGUCAAAUUUCUGCGCUAAAAAGUUUUGACUUUGAAACAGUGAAAACGUUCCAGUUCCAAGUUGUGGCCACAGAUUCUGGAACUCCGUCACUAAGCAGCAACGUCACAGUGAACGUGUUCAUUCUGGAUCAGAACGACAAUGCUCCAGUCAUCCUGUAUCCAGUCAGCUCCAACGGGUCUGCUGAAGGUGUGGAGGAGAUUCCCCGCAAUGUGAACGCAGCACACUUGGUGACUAAAGUCAGAGCUUAUGACGCUGAUAUAGGAUAUAACGGCUGGUUACUGUUUUCACUGCAGGAAGUGACUGAGCACAGUCUCUUUGCUUUGGACCGCUAUACAGGACAGAUCAGAACACUUCGCUCAUUCACAGAGACAGACGAGGCUGAGCAGAAACUGGUCAUACUGGUCAAAGACAAUGGAAACGUUUCCCUCUCUGCAACAGCUACUGUCAUUGUCAAAGUUGUGGAGCCCAAAGAGGCUUUUGCUGCUUCUGAUGUUAAAAGUGCAACAAACGAUGAUGAGGAGAGUAAUGUCACUUUUUAUCUCAUGAUAACUUUGGCCUCAGUUUCAGCACUUUUUCUCAUCAGCAUCAUCGUGCUCAUUGCAAUGCAGUGCUCCAAAUCAACAGACUACACUUCCAAAUACCUACAAGAGACUAAUUAUGACGGGACACUGUGUCACAGCAUCCAGUACAGAUCUGGAGAGAAACGCUACAUGUUAGUGGGACCCAGAAUGAGUAUAGGAUCUACUAUAGUCCCGGGCAGCCAUGCCAACACACUAGUGCUCCCUGACAGGAGGAGGACUUCUACUGAGGUAAGACUUGGUACCUAACAAAGAUGCUGUUUUCUGCUCUGUCAAUCACAUUUUGGGGGGUUUUAGGAUGUAUGGUCUAAUUCACCUGGUAGUUACGAUUUUUUUAGACAGAAGCUUUAGUAUCUGCUCUUUUUAAUAGAACAUUUUAAGUGUGUCACCUUAAAAUAAUGUUUGCCUCAUCCUUUAUCUGUGUGUAGAAGUUGCUUAAAUAGAUACACAACGUUCUC